AUGAUCGGUGAAUCCAUGAUCGAUGGCAAAAAUUUGGGUGUCUCCCAGGCCGAUGGCCAGGAGACCAGAACCGGCUGCGCCGACUGGGCUACCGCCUACCCAAGCGGUAUCCCACUGAACUACAACAUGGCCCAUCACGUCGGCGAGGAAUACCCCAAGUUCUACAUCGAGAGCUAUCUCCCAAUGAUGUUCUACACCGAGCCCCCCGAGGACCUCAAAGCCAUCUUCAGCACCAAGAAUGGACAGCUCAAGCCCCGCCGGCUGGAGCACGUUCUGCCCCGUCGCGAACUGAAGUUGUGGGACGCCGAAAAGAUUCAGAAUACGGCCAACUCUGUCCGUAAGAAGUUUUGGGCCAAUAUGCGCACCAUGUCGGAGCCCAAGGCUUGGGCGGAUCUGUAUGAUUACUUUGACGCCCACGACAUCUACUACGAAGGCGCUCUCAACCUCUGGAACCUCAUCUGCCAACUCUGGCAGGAAAACCAAAAUCUCCUGACUGACCUCUACCGGACCAUGUCUUGUGAGAUUAGUAUCUGGGCCGACGAGUGGCUAGAGCAGCCCGGCCACAAGGAAGCUUUACUCGCCUGGGAUGCCGAGGAGACGAUCGAUAUUCUCAAUAUCCUGUCCAGUGAGGAGAUGAAGGAUCUUCGAGGCGUUAACGCAGUCGACCUGGUUCUUGCUCGAGCAACUCUGGUUCAUUGCCGUGACCAGUUGAAGAAGAUUGAGUCUUCACUCCCUCAGCCCUACCCGGGCAACAGUCUGAAGGACAACUGGGCAGAGGUCAACAAGUGGCUUGGUGAAAGUCAAUCUCAGCAGAGCCAGGGUCCCAUGGGUCAUUAUCAGGCUACACAUGAGCCUGGAACCAACCUGGAGUCGUCUGCGGCUAUUGCCUCUUCACGGAAAUCGUCCAAGUCCGUCACCGACGUAGGCAAGAACGACAACAAGACACCUCGUGCCGAUACAGUUGGAGCUCAGAAGAAAGCCAACGUCUCCCCCUCUAUGGCAAAGACCCAACAUCACGAGUCUAUUGGCUUGCCAACUGGCACAGUCAUGGGGGGUGGCUAUGUCAACUCUCUCCAGAUGGCCUCUGGCAUGAAUAUGAACAACCCGGGGCUCGUAUAUAACGGGACACAAUUCUUCCGGCCCUUUGACAGCAUUGCCUUCCAGUCUAUUGGUGCCGACUUCUCCAUGAUGGGCAAACAACAGCCGCCUAUGGAAUUCUACCCACAGCCGCCAGGCUUCAGUCAUGCGUCAGAAAUAGGCACAGCCAAGAACAUGAAUCACAUGCUCAAGAUGCCAAAGAACAGCACCAGAGCUGCUGAUGAGUUCUGCAAUCCUGACAGCCAGCGCCUCUCAUCACUUAAUCCUCCUCGCCAACGCUCGAACACUAAUACAACGAUCACCUCUUCUCACAGGGCUUACACGGGCACCCCUAUGCAGUCCAACAACAAUCCAUGCAACUUCCGGAACAACGACUCUCGUGGUUCUCAUAGCGGCGCAAACCUUCACGGUGGAUGGAUCCAGGAUGGAAACCACGAUCUCCAUGGUCCGACUCACCGUCGCAGCCCUCAAAAGCACAAUGGUCAUGCACAGGGCCAAGGACGUCCGCGUGCCUGGUCCAAGGUGCCUUCAAAUGAAACUUCGUGCCUCAAUGCCGGCCCAAGCGACACGUACUGGGACUAUGUCCCCUGCAGCUGCUCCUUUUGCGAGACCCGCAACCGUUCCGUGCACAUAUCCUUCAAGCCCCAGCUGCAAACCUCCAUUCCUGAUGCAGCAAUCAGGGAAACCAUCCAUCGCGAGAUGGCUCGCUACGGAGAUGUUGAGUAUAUCAUACCGUAUAGGAAGGCUGUCGGAUUUGCCUUGGCCUUCACAGCCCGGUUCAAAUCCGCUGCUCGCAUCAUGGAAGCGGCUAACGCGCCCAACAUUGUCUGCCGCGAGCUAUCCUGUAACAUCGUCACGAGUGCCCCUUAUCGGUCAGACUACGGUGCUGAAUGGGCUCGGUUGAACGGCUCUCAGCUGCUCCACGGCGGCAACGGCCGUCGUAACUCCUUCACGCAACGGAAUGCCGUCUACGGGGGGCAGCGUCCCCGGCUGAUGUCCAAUGCUACGGUCACUUCCCAAGGUUCGCCUCGCCGAGCCUCGGGCAGCACGCCCUCGGCGGCGAAUGCUGUCAUGAUGCAUCAGCUUGCUUUGCCUCCCAACUACUUCACGCCUGGCAUUGGAAACAACGGUAGCUUCUUCCCUCCGCAAGCCGCCACCGGCGCGAAUGCUACAGCGCCCACGGGUUCUGUCCUCCCCGUCGGGACUAUUGCCCAGUCUCCUGCUCAACAAUACCAUCCAUGGUACCAUGCGCAGGCGCCGGGAGUUUCAAUGCCGCCUUAUCCUCACAUGCACGCCAUCAGUUCUCCGAAGGAUCUGGCCGCCGUUCCUGAGUCUGGUGCUCGCGCCAGCCAGGGCACUGAGAAGGGAGCUGUAAGGAAAAUUGCUUCGACGAACAUGGCACAACGUCAUCCUGAGCCGUAUGGAGGCGGCAAUCUCCCCGAAAUCAAGCUUAAAGGCGAGCAUGUUGAUGUUGCCACUGAUACGGUCACAACUCUAAGCAAGGCAUGCACGGUUUGCUUGCCUCGGAGCCCAGAACAGUCGUCAGAGAAUGCCACGCCGAAGAAGAUGAAUGCUGAUUGUCAUGAAGCCACCCAGAAGGCCAAAUCCUUUGCUAGCAACGAUGCGAAUAACGACAUUGGCAACGCUGUUGUUGGGACGCCCAAGGCCGCCACGGAAGAGGUUGCCGUCCCGACUACCUAUGCGUCUAUGUUGAAGAUCGGCAGCAACCAGCCUUCUCCUGCCAAGAUGUUUGACCAGGGUUCUGUAAUGUCAUCUGCCGCGCAGACUCCCACCAAGGUCAAUUCCUCUCGUCCCAGUGAGAGGGCCCCGGUUGCACAGGCAGACGAUCCCUUCGUCACCACUUCUGUUCACCCGCCGGGGGCCCAUGUCGUGCCCUUGGAAACGACCUCUGAUGAAAGCGGAAAGCCAAAGCCGUUGACCACGGUUACUCCUGAACCCUCUGGCCGCCGAUGGCGUCAGAGUGAAAUCUCCGAUGCAGGCGAAGGCGACGAACCCAUUAUCGCCAGGAGCUGCAGUCAACAUCAUCAUGUUGGUAGACAGCAAGAGAGGUCUUCGAGCACACCGCGGAACUUCUCUAAGUCUUCUGUAAUACCCAAUGAAAAGUCCAGCAAGAAGAAAAUCUCGAAGAGGAAGAAGAAGAUCGCUGGUGGAGACGUGCUUAGAACCGGUACCAUUCAGCAUCCUGGCGUCGACUCUGCUGGCAACACCAAGCUCAUCUCCGCCACCUCGCCUGCGCGCAUCGGACAUCACCCUGACAAGCACCUCCUUUCGCCGGUCAAGAGGAUGAGUAAAGGAGGCCCUACGUCUCAGUCGUCGUCCAAGCGACUUCAGGACGACAACGACAAGAAAUUGUGCCAACUUGAUACUACUGGCCAUCCUGAUAUCACUGUCACUUCUGUCGAUGCCGAUUCUUCUUCUGAUAGCCAGGCACACCAGGAGGGUGUUGAUUCAGUUCAUGAUGACGGUGGUCCAGAAAAGCCCAAGGCUCUCAAGAUUCAUGUGCCCGACUCGUCACUGGAGCUUCCAGUCGCUUCGUCCCCGGCCACCGUAGACGGAAGCAGCGUCGCAGAGUCGUGGCACUCGGCCAAGUCUCGCCAGACCAGCGUCGAGUCCCUCAAAGCUGGGGACAAGUUGCGCGGCUCGGCCAACCAGCCCAGCACGCCCCCGGGUUCGAGCUGUGGAGAAGACUCGUCGACGCCUCGACGUGUUGUCAGCGCUGGAAGUGCUCUCAACCCCAAGGCUCGCGAGUUUGCAUCGCCCGCCGCGGGUCUCCUCAAACGAGCUUCCGCAGUUGACCUCCGCGGCCUCGUUCCCCUGGGCCUGGGAGCCCAGCAUCGCGUCUACCACCGUCAGCACCAGCAUCAGGGCAGCAUCGUCUCAGACACGUCGUCCCACACCGCCACGCCGGGCUGCACUCCCAGGAACACAAAGGGCCGCAAUCGCAGAAACAGCGAAAGGGAUCAGUCUAUCUCGCCUCCACCCGGGGCCAAGCCUUCAUUCGCGCUCCGCCCGGCCGCCAAUUCAUACGCGCCGUCAACGCGCGCUCCUUCGCCCCCGGGCAACGCCUUCUCCGCGCAGCAUGCGUCCAUCGAGGAGCAACUCAACCACACGCGCCACUAUGAGGGCGGCAAAACGGGUUAUCAGCCAGGUCUGGACACUCAGAGCCAGCCACAGGGACCCUCGGGCUCUUCCGGCAACGGCAAGGCCAAGCGCGGCGGAAAGGUCUCCGAAGGCACAAAUGACAGCAUAAGCGGCCCCGACCUUGGAGCUGCCGAGUUUCCAGCCCUGCCAUCUCCUUCCAAGGACGACGCUGAUGCGACCAAGGGCUUGACGGCUUUCGGCGCGCUGACUAAACUGACCUCGCCUCUCAAGUCGGCCAUGAGCAAGCUGACCUCGGGUGGUAUUCCAAAGGACGAAAGGACGGGCUCGCUGCCUGCGAAGCAAAAGGAUGUCGAUGACUCGCCUGCUGGUGAGGAGGACAGCAAGCAGUAG